AUGAAUUCUCUUAAAAAACUCAGUGCAGAUAAGGAUAUAAUUAUUCUUCCAGCUGAUAAGGGUAAUUGUACUGUGGUCUUGGACACAGAUGAUUAUCACUCCAAAAUAACUAACCUUAUUAAUGAUAGCUCAACGUACAAACAAGUGAGUUAUGAUCCAACUGCUAGAGUUUUAAGAAAAGUUAGACAAAAAUUGGCGGAGUAUAUUCACUUGAGAGAAAAUGAAGUUAUGGUCAGUUUUGAUGUAACAUCAUUGUUUACUAAUGUUCCGAUAAUAGAAUGUAUUGAAGUUAUAAAGUCACAAUUAUCUACCUCAGAUGACGACUCCAAAUUAUUGGAACUUCUUCAUUUAUGCCUCACAUCAGGCUAUUUUCUAUACAAAGAAAAAUUCUAUUUACAAAUAGAUGGGGUUGCAAUGGGUUCUCCAGUUGCUCUAAUAAUUGCAGAUAUCUGGAUGCAAUAUUUUGAAAUGAAGGCCCUAGAAACUUCUCUAAUAAAACCGGUUAUUUGGAAGAGAUAUGUUGACGAUACAUUUUGUAUCCUCAACAAAAAUGAUGUGGAUACAUUUCUUAACCACUUAAACUCUGUACACUCAAAAAUACAAUUCACCAUGGAAAUUGAAGAAAACAACACUUUAGCGUUCUUAGAUGUUAAAGUUAUUAAAAAUCAAGAUGGAACAUUAGGACACAAUGUGUACAGAAAGAACACUCAUACUGAUAGGUAUCUGCAUGCUGCAUCUCAUCAUCAUCCAGCCAACUUCAAUUAUGUUGUGUCUGCUCUUAUUAACAGGGCACAUGCUAUUUGUGACCAAAACCAUCUCCAAGAUGAGUUUAAAAGGGUAGAUGCAGCUUUAAUAAAAAAUGGUUACAGUUUUAAGCAACGCUCUUGGAAACCAAAAACAAAACCCACUCAAGAUAUCCACAAUGAAAAUAAAAAACGGGCCUUUCUUCCAUAUAGAAAAGGCGUCUCUGAAGGGAUUGAAAGGAUCUUGUCUAUUUAUGGGAUAAAGUCGAUUUUCAAACCACCAGCAAAAAUACGACAAAUCUUAAGGUCACCAAAAGAUAAAGUACCCCUACAAAACCCAGGAGUAUACUCUGUUCCUUGUAGCUGCGGCUCGGAAUAUAUUGGAGAGACCAAACGUUCCAUAUCGACACGCUUAAAUGAACAUAUAAAAGCAAUUCAGAAGAAUGAAGUAACAAAAUCCGCCAUUUGUGAACAUUUAGCGUACAAUACUGAUCACUUCAUAAGAUUUGAUCAAGCAAAAUCCAUUUCAACGGAAAGCUUUGCUUGCACAGAAGCUUACUCACAACAACAACAAUUAAUGCAGUCCCAACAAGAACCAUCAUCGGAACUGCAAGCACCAACAACAUCAACACAAAAUACCAACCGUUGUAUAGUAGUUUCUAUAGUCCGUGUUCCAACUAAUUCUGGAUAUUAUCGACCGUUUGUGAUAUCUGUAGCAACGUUUACACUUUGA